GGUCUAAAUAUGUCCCAGGACGCGCUCUGACAUGCCACAAGAACUGAUUCGACUAUACUCCAGCCACCAGAGCGGGUCCAGCAUCACUAUGCAGCUCAGAAAGUCCAUCCGGCCCCCUCAACGGUACGACUCUGAUAACUUCUAUCAACUGACUCAGCGUCCCUUACGCGAGAUACAUACUCCAGAGCGGAUUCCAUAUAUCGAUUACAACCCUGACCUCCCCCCUGCCGCGUUUCCAACCUUGGAUAGACCCCGUCCAGCUGGUGAAACCAGCCAGAAGAAACCCACUGCAGGAAGAACGCGACAGGAUGGUACUGAUGAAAAAUAUACGACUCGCUCCAGGGUGCAGAACCAGAAUGCCCCUCCUCAAAACCAACAUAGCGCAAACGACCAGAAGGCUAUGGCUGUCGUCGACUAUGAAGACAUGUCGAUUGACGAAUUGGAUAACCGUAUGGCGAGUAAUGGAGAGUUCAAUCCAGUUUAUAUGAAGAAUAUGUCAGUCAUGGCCAGUUUGGAUCCGAAUAGCGUGUUUACAGACAGGGAUUUGGAUGACAGUACUCCCGAGGAUACCAAACAGCGUGAAGUAUCUACUAAUUCAAGACCAGCACGGACCUCCCAUUCUGAGUGGGGCUACCUUGCGCCUAGGCUUCAAGUCGAAAUUUUCAGUAACAUACUUCAAAAGCAUGAGUGGUCAAGAGCCUGCCAUUUACUUGGGCUGACCCGGGAAGAGCGAGUUGAGAUCCAAGAACACAUCACUCGUCGUAAUAUGCAGAUUGAGAUGGAAAAUGCGCAGCUGAAAGAGAUGCGGGAGAAGCAGCACCGGGCACUUCUCCGAAUUGAUAAUACCACCCUCAGAUCUAGCAGGGUUCCGCAUCAACUCGUGUUCCGCAAGAUUUCUCGACAAUACACGCGUAAGCUGAGAGAACGUAUUCAAUAUGAUUACUUUCUAUGCAAUGCUGGUGAGCUCUUGGACGCUAGGCAGUUUCUGCUCAAACGUGAACUCGAUCGGAGGUACGCUGGGGAAUGGAGCAACAGUGAGGUUAUUCUGCAAACGCCUGUAGCUCAUCUGAAGCUGGAGACUUGGCCUUGGGACUGGGGAGAACGCAUGGAAUUUGAAUUGGAGUCUCCAGCGGUAAUAAAACCAUCUCUCCCAAAUGAGCACGGGUUCAGCACAAACUCCAACAGGGAAUCCGACAGCCACAACUCCGCGGACGCUAUCAAAUUAUCGAGGGCAAGGGAGAAUUCUAUCAAAGAAGCCAACAGAACAGGUACUAUCAACCCUGCCGAUCUUCAGAUUUCCAAGGGUGACAUGAUUAUCUCCCCAAGAUGGUCAGAACCCAGACCCUCCGCCAAUAAAAGUGGGGAACUGAACGUCGAACCAGACUCCCAAGAGAGCGGGCUGGUCCAUUUCAGAAUAGGUUCGGGGCGAGCCGCCAAAGUUCGGCAUUAUGAAGAAUUGAGCACCAACCACGAGCCUGAGCUGCCUCGCCUCCCACUUAGGUAUGACCCGAUGCUCGCGUCGUCAUCGCAGCAUUUGGCGGGCUACGACAACAGUAUCGUUGACCACGAGACAACUGACCUUGGCUUUCAUCAGCGGCCUUGUAGCACGGAUCCAUUUUCUCAGUUUUCACAACCCCUGGAGAGGGCUCUUGGGGGAUGUUGGUCAAACGGCUUUUCAGGGUCCAAUUUAAAUUCCCGGCUUGCUUCAUCUACGAGUUUCAUGCAAAGAUUAGAAGUGGCGCAGUCACAAGCACAGGGAGAGCGCGAAAAGCAUGGGAACAGCGAAGUGCUUUCGGGAAGCCGCACCGUAUCCAACGCGGAACCACCACGCACUGUGACAAUACCUGGAAGUAAACCAUGCCUUGCGGGCGAUUCAAACGAAGCCGUCAUAGAAGGGAAGCUCCCACCGCCACCAUCGCAUUCCGGAACGAGUGGUGGAAUAGCGGGAAAUCUAGAUGAGUCCUGGACAAUGGUCCCCACAUCAGACGGCCCGAGUGAGUUUCAGACUCACGAAUCUGAAUAUUAUUCAGAAGAUACCCCCAUAAGCACUCCCGAUUCGAGCUCUUCCGCGUGUGACGAGAUCCAACCGACGGGAACUGUCCAGAAUCGCAUUCAGACAUCCGACAGCGAGUAUGUCGACAAUGAGGAACCUGAAGAUGAAAUGGUUCUCCUGCCAACCUGAAUUGGUAAUGAUAUUUUGACCUUUGGUACGGAGUAAAUAGCCAUAUUGAAACUGAACGUAUUACGCUGUGCAUGGAUUACGAGGUGAACGUCCAAAUUCGCAAGACCAGGAACCCAUAUGGAUGAGCAAAUUGUGACGGAAAUUGAGAUCUAAAUGCCUAUUUCACUGUUAUUUUUUCACCUUUUCGAAUAUCGUCUGCGUUUCUUGUUUAUGUCCACGAUCAAUGCCCUGUUAGCUUGUUGGGACGCAGGAGAAAAAUAAAUAAAUAAAUAAAAGUAAAAAAAUAAAAUUAAACGCCAGGCUCUUUGUUCAUAGUAUGACUGGAAUGAUGAAUAAUAGAGUAGAAUAGACAAGAAACAAGGGAUAAUAUAAAAUAAAG